AUGGCAAGUGAGGAGGAGAGUGUUCUUGUCUUAGUGCAUUGCUCUGGGAAAAUUAAAAAAAGCAAAAGCUAUGGUAUAAAGUUCACUGAUAGAGAACCACUGAGUGUGUUCAUCAGUUCGCCAAGCACUUUGUCAUAUCUAAAGAACAGCAUCUUGCAGAAGCUUGGCGUCUUUGGUACCAAGUGGGUGAAGAAGCUAUUCUACAAGAUUCCCAUCGCAGUUGUCUCGACCGGUGUUCAGUAUGAUACCUUUGUGCUAGCGGCUGAUGAAGAUAUUAGGGUUCUACUGUAUCUUCCGCCGGUGGGAUCCCCUACGUUCGCGGAUGAUUUAGAGCAAACGGAGGUUGUUGGUUCUGUACAGUUGGAGAAUGUAGGAAUCUUUGAGCAGCCUGACGUCGUGGGCACCGGUGGUUGCCAGUUACCUUAUAUGCAAGGCUUUGGUGAACCUGAUCGAGUAGAGAAUGCAAUGUGUGACGAUGACUCUGACCAGGAGCCUGUCGAUAUCAUCGGGGACAGCGACGACGACACAGGUGCCAAUCCACAUGAGGACGGUGGUAACACGGUCGGGGGCUCUUCUACAGAUUUUCAGAUUGGGCAAUCUUUCCAGAAUAAAGAUGAGGCUGUGUUGAGUGUGAAGGACUAUAGCAUCCGGCGAGGUGUUGAGUAUAGAGUCAUCGAAUUAGAUCAUCUGAAGUAUCAUGGAAAAUGCAAGCAAUUCGGCAAGGGUUGUAUUUGGUUAAUUCGCGUUGCGCUGCGUGCACGAAAGGGCACUUGGGAGGUUAGGAGGUACAACGGGCCACACACAUGCUUGGCAACCUCUAUUUCCAGUGAUCACCGUCAACUGGAUUACCACGUUAUCUGUGCGAGGAUUCUUCCGUUGGUUAGGGCAGAUGCUGCAGUUACGGUAAAGGUACUGCAACAAGCUACAGAAGCCGAUCAUGGUUUCAGGCCUAGUUACAGGAAGGUUUGGAUGGCGAAACAGAAGGCAGUGGCACAAAUAUAUGGAGAUUGGGAAGAAUCGUACGCGGAGCUGCCACGUUGGAUGCUAGGAGUACAGUCAACAAUGGCCAUAACAAUAACCGUGUUGAAGACCUCUCCUGUUUGGCUUCGUGGUGAGGUUGAUGAGUCGACGGUGUACUUUCACCGAUUAUUCUGGACAUUCCCACCCUGUAUUGAGGCAUUCUGUCAUUGCAAGCCCCUCGUCAGUAUUGACGGUACCCACUUGUAUGGAAAGUAUGGAGGGACGCUGCUGUUGGCGAUAACGCAGGAUGGGAACUCCAACAUCCUCCCCAUUGAAUUCGCCCUUGUGGAAGGAGAAAAUGCAGAGUCGUGGUCAUUCUUCUUGUCCAACCUACGAGAGCAUGUGACUCCUCAGAAAGGUAUCCUUGUAAUCUCUGACAGGCAUAACGGGAUCAAGGCAGCGCUUGAGGCACCUGAGGCUGGGUGGCUGCCUCCAGGUGCUUUCCGAGCGUACUGUAUUUGGCAUGUGGCAACGAAUUUUGCCCUAACUUUCAAAGGUAAGGACCCAAGGAGGAUGUUAGUGAAUGCUGCCUACGCAAAGACUGAAGCAGAAUUUUAUUACUGGUUUGACAUCAUGCGGACUGAGAAUCCAGCAAUGCGUGAAUAG